UCCACCUCCAUGAUUUGAUUUUCAUUUUUUCCAUUUUGAUUUCUCAUCUCUCUUCAAUUAUAUCAUAUCUUUAAAUGCCUAUUUUGGUUCUCUCUAAGCCAAUUACCCAUUUUUCUCAUAAAAAAACUGAUCACUUGCUCAAAUCUAAUGUCUAGUGAUCAGAAUUUUAAUGGGAGAUCAGAAAUAGGUGAGGGUUCAUCAAGGGGUGGUGGUAGUGGUGGAGGAAGUGGUGGUGGCCUAAUUAUACCUUCUGAUUCAAAGCAACCACCACUAGCACCACCACAACUUAGCCGAUAUGAGUCACAGAAGCGUCGCGAUUGGAACACUUUCGGGCAGUACUUAAAGAACCAAAGACCACCUGUGGCUUUGUCACACUGUAACUACAGUCAUGUACUAGAUUUCCUACGGUAUCUAGACCAGUUUGGAAAGACUAAGGUGCACCUACAAGGUUGUGUUUUCUUUGGUCACCCUGAUCCGGCUGGCCCGUGUACUUGUCCCCUUAGGCAAGCUUGGGGCAGCCUUGACGCGCUUAUCGGGCGCCUCAGGGCAGCUUAUGAAGAAAACGGUGGAUUGCCCGAAAUGAACCCUUUUGCUAGCGGAGCAAUACGGGUUUAUUUGCGCGAAGUUCGUGAUUCUCAGGCGAAAGCAAGAGGGAUACCUUACAAGAAGAAAAAGAAGAAGAGAAACACUCCGAUCAUAAAGGCAAACAAAGAAACAUCGAAUUUUCCGAUGCAGUAAUGUUGAUCUAUGGUUAUUCUUCAAGUAACUGGUGGGCAUAUAUGGACAUAUUAGAUGUGAAGCUCUCAAAAUAUGUGGCGAACUUCCAUUAAUAGGGUCGAUACCCAUGCUCAAACUCCAUUGAUGCAAAAUGCCUGAUUCUCUAGAGCUCUGGUUUACUUAUUGUGAUAUAUAUAUAUAUUUAAUUAAUUAAUAAGAGAAUAAUUUAAAAUAUAUACAUAUAUAAGUAAGUUAAAGAUUAGUCAAUAUAUAUAUCCAUAUUAUAUUGUCUAAAUUAGAUGUUUUUCAUCCUUGUUAAUUUAUAAAAAAUGGGUUUUAAACUUACAAAGCUACCCAUUUAUAUACUAUUAUUUUGCAACAUAUUGUUGCAUUAGUAGUUGUACUAAUUGCUUAAAGUUUAGUACUAUUACUUUGCAUUGUUGCAUUAUAUUAUAUACUAUUAAUAUUAAUAUUUAUAUACUAUUAAUUUGAAACAUUUGUAUGCAUCUUUGGUUGUAAGUUGUGUUUUUAAUACUUGUACCUUAAUCAAAUAUAGGUUGUAAGUUGUGCUUAAGUGGUUGUACCUUAAUCAAAUAAUAAUGGUUUCAUUACCUUACCAAAUUCAA